AAAUAAUUAACGCGUUUGUUUUACAUAUUCGCAACACGCGUCACAUUGAGUGUAUCUUGCGUUUUCAAACCAUAGGUAUAGUGUGGCUUGUUUAUCUGGCUUAAUGGCCAGAGGACAGCGAUCAGCCAAUAGCAUUUGACUUUGAUCGGACUAAUUGAUACAUCCUAUUUAAAAUUGGACAUGAGGCGUGGUUGUUAAUAUGAACGCAGUGCUCUGAUUGGUCGACAUGCUACUCGUAUUCCUGACAAUAACAAAACAACUAACACUUGCCAGUUAAGACUUGAAAAGCCGCAUACUUUACCGUCUUAAAUUAACUGAAUACCGCGCACGUUUUGGUUCAGAAUUCAGACACCGCUUCGAAGAAGGGUCUGUGCGCUUACUUCUAGCUUAAUUGUAACAUUGAAGAUUUAGAACAUCACCGAUUUAAUAUUCUAAAUGUGUCAUCGUAUAUAAUAGGAACUGCUUUGUUUAUUACUCCACAAUAUGGCGAUACAGACAGCUCGCUUUACAUCACGUUUGUGUUUAAUCUAUAUUCUAAUCUCGUUUCCUUUUGUCUCAAGUUUUGGUGCAAAGCACAAAGAAAAGCCUAAAUGUGAAGAAAUGAACGUCGAGCAAUGUCGCUCUCUCGGCUAUAAUGUAACAGGUGUACCCAAUAUAUUUGGGGAUACAAGCCAAAUUGAUGUGGAACGAAACCUUAUGACGAUCAACGAGCUACUAACAUCCACUUGUGCAGAACCUGUACGGUUUUUCUUUUGUUCCAUGUAUGCCCCAAUGUGUUCGACAGCGACGAACAGUUUGAUAAUGUCGUGUGGUUCCUUGUGUGAAUAUGUUACAAAGCGAUGUAAGCCAACUGCUGCGAAGUUUGAAAUCCCCUGGUUGGACGCUUGGAAUUGUACACAGUUCCAUUGGCAAAACAAAAAAGACGAAAUGUGUAUGCCAGGUGAUAUGUACAAUUAUACCACCUUCAAAUAUCCGUAUUCUACUACAAAGACAAACUCUGGAAAUGAUAAAAAGUCUUUCAAGAACAGUCGCAAUUAUAUAUAUCUCGAGCGAACGAAUUCUUGGGUUCUACUUUGCGAUAAGGAUGGCAUUUUUCGAUCAGACACGAAAGCUUUUGCCGAAUUGUGGAUGACAAUAUGGUCGAUUGUUUGUUUUAUUUCAACGACUGUCGCUCUUCUACCAUUCCUUGUCGACACUCAGAGAUUUCACUACCCAGAACGAGCCAUAAUGAUGCUAGCUUUGUGCUAUAAUCUUUACUCCAUUGGAUUUAUCUUACGGGUUAUAUUCGGCCGCAAGGCUGUUGCUUGCGCGAGUGAUGACGACUCAGAAUCGUACAUUACACAAAACGAACUUGGAAAUCCAUUGUGUGCUUUUGUCUUUCUAUUUUUGUAUUUCUUUGGUAUGGCUGCAAAUAUUUGGUGGGUGAUCUUAGCUUUAACGUGGUUCCUUGCCGCCGGUAUGAAAUGGAACUUCGAAGCGAUCGGUAGUUAUACAAACUUAUUCCAUCUUGUAGCGUGGUUAUUACCCGUGGUCAAAACCGUGCUUGUGUUAAUAUUUCGUAAAGUGGAUGGGGACGAAUUAACUGGAUUAUGUUAUGUAGGAAAUCAAGACUUGCUAGCUCUGACAGGCUUUGUUCUUGGACCGCAGUUUACCUAUCUAAUUAUUGGCACUUUAUUUCUGUUAGCCGGAUUCAUUGCGCUUUAUCGAAUAAGGUUGACUGUUCACAAAGAGCGCUUACAUAAAAUCGAUAAGCUUGAUCGCUUUAUCGCGAGGAUGGGAUUAUUCUCGGCGGUUUCUACCGUCCCCGUGACUUGCAUUAUUGCCGCACAUUUUUAUGAGUACAGUCAUCGCGAGGACUGGCUGUAUGGGCGAUCUGAACCGAAUACAAAAGUUUUGAUGCUAAAAAUUUGCAUGGCAUUGUUUGUCGGCGUUAUAUCCGGCGCGUGGAUUUGGGCAUCUAAAUCAUGUACUGCAUGGAAGAAUUUUUAUAUGAAAACAUUUAAGAAACAAACUACAGUUCAGAACGGUUCAAAUAAUAACAUGGCGUUAAGGAAUCAAGCGACUAGAGCAAUUCAAGCAGACACUGAAGUAUGAAAAUAUGAAAUGUAACCUCUUAUCAACUCUGCAUGAUGCGUCUCGGGCGAUCCCUAACGACGAUAAAAUUACUCGCUUUUGUACUCACAUACUAAACAUUUCUAUAAUUUAUGUUCUCGUUAAUUGAAGCGGAGCACAUUAUUGGGAAGUGGUUACCCCCAGUUGUUAAACAAAUUUGCAGACAAAUGAUAGAAUCUUUAGCACAACCUUAGCAAUUAACACCUCAUUAUUCGAAGGCAUUGAUUAAUUUGUAUUAAGAAAACUCACAUUGAGCUCUUUAAACUUCCACUGUGACGCACUAUGGGCUACAGUUCAUCGAAUUUUUUAUAUUUGUCUCAAAGACAUGUAUGUUGUUUUUGUUGUACCAUGUCAGUGAUCUGAUCGAACAAUAAAAUUUGUAAAAAUGUUUGCGGUUACCCACAUUCCACAUUAGUAAUAAUAAAUAUAAUAAGCAUAUGAUAAGGUGUUGUAUACACGAAAAGUGAUAAAAAUAACGUGUGAAAUUAAAAGUGAUUUGAAACUUUAUAUUUAGAGAGAUUUAGAUUUGACUUCCACCAGCGCUGUCAUUAAUGGUCAGAUGGUACUAAGCUGGCCAGUGAGUAGUGGUAGCGUAUGUCAAAUAUCUUUCUGCUGCUACUUUUGAAUUCUAUAUAUGGCAGAGUUUUUCCAGAACAAAAUUUCCCAGAAAUUUUGCUAAAUCUAGCUCGUUUAUAAUUUUAUUUUAUUUUAUUAAGCUUUGCCAACUAGGGCAGGGUCACCACAACAGCAUAUGCCAAUUACUGUGGGCCCUCUUACCUAACCCACCCUGUGGGAGUGCAUCAUUGCAGCAUAAUUGGUUAAAACGUCUAGAUACAGUGUACGUUUUUGCAAGUCCCUGACCUUGCCAAAUGAAACUGUUGGGUAACAAGAGUUUGGAUUUAGAGUUUCUGUUAGCAUUAUAACAUGGUUAGGUAAGGAUCAAGGUAUGAAUUGGGAGUAGCCUCUACAAUAAUCAUCUUGUGGUUUGGCUUGGUUUUCCCUUCUUGCAAAUCCUACCAUGCUACAAUGUUGGACAUAACUGGGUUUAGAGUACUUUUCCUUCUAUACAAAAUUUGCAUACCAAAUGUUGAGCUUGUGUCAUGGUAAAUUACAAAACGUUGUUUCAGCAUUGCUUACAACAUUGAACUGUUUUGUCAAUGUGCAUUAACUUUGCAAUAUUGGCUGGAAUGGUCUCUGAAGGGUUAUGUCCAAAAUUGUAUAUAGAUUUUGGGUUUAAAUUGAGGAUAUUAGUAUGUUAUUUUACCUGUAAACCUGUGACGAUUUUGGAGAAUGAAGAUCACCCCAAAAUGAUGUCAGACUAGAAAAAGUGUGCCCUUUUUGUCAUUUAUGGUAAUAGUGCUUUAACAUUUUGUCACUUAUGGCUGGUUUUUUGUUGUCUCUUUCUAUUUUUUACAGACAUGCCAACUCUCCCAAUGCGGGAGUGUUGUCUCUUUCUAUUUUUUACAGACAUGCCAACUCUCCCAAUGCGGGAGACUUCUUCGUUUAUCUUCGACAAUUCAUUUUUUCUUUCAAUCUUAAUUUAAUCAGAGAGGCACCGGUUAUUCACCUUGUUUUGAUACUUGCAUCUCAAUAUCUAUUAUAUUUUAAAGAAGUGACAUUGUGGGUGUGCAAGGAUCUUCCAUAUGAUUCCCAUUUUAAAGUGUUUUUCUGGUAGACUGGUAAAUAAUUCAAAUGUCAGGUUUGCUUGUAAUUAUGUUGGUACAAAAACUUGUACUCUUUGAUAAUUUGAAUGUAGCACAGGGUGUAGUCUCGCAUAAUCUAAAUAUAGCACCUGGGAUAGAGGGGGGGCAAGGGGCAGAUUUUGAAGCUAGGCACUUUUCAACGGGUUCAUUAAUUUCUAUUUCCUCCCCCCAGAGAAUGUAUGUCUGCCUUCAGUGACUCUGUUAUGUUUAGGUGCUGUGAAAAAUCAAUGUGCAUUUCAAGUUUCUUCAGUUAUGGUGAUCGCUGUUGAGAGGUAAUAGAUAAUUUAGGGCAUUGGUUAUGAAAACUUUUACAUGCAAAGUGUACCUUUGCAUUUUUCAGUUGUAAACAGGAAGCUGUACUAUUUUUUGUAUUUUAGUUGAAGACAAUCUGUUCACCAAUCCUAGUAAACAUUUAUAACUCCACUAUGGUAGUAUCAUCUGCAACAAUACAAGACAAGCAUUGAACACCAGAGGACCCAGAAUCGAUCCCUGUGGAAUGACUAACAACGUUGAAAUAA